CCCAAGCGCGUAUAAAUUGAACGAAUGUACGAUAGCAUUGCACAACAUAUUAACGUCCUGUGUGAAUAUAAACGUGAACUAUUUUUGGCAUAUUUGUUAGUUUUAUGUUAGCAGAAUGGCAAAGGAUCUACGCGCUGCAAAGAACUUCACCAAUAGACUAGCACGCAUGACGCCAUCUGAGAAUGAUGAUGACGUCACCGAUUCCGGGGCCUCUUUGACGUAUCCAGUCAAGGCGACGACCCUGCGCGUGAAAGGGUUCGUGCUGCUACGCCGUCAUCCCUGCAAGAUCGUUUCUCUGAGUACGAGUAAAACUGGGAAACACGGUCACGCCAAGAUUCACGCGGUGGGUAUUGACGUCAUGUCCGGUAAGAAGUAUGACGAUAUCUUCACCAGCGGUCACAUGGUUUACGUACCGGUGAUAUCGCAAAAGGAAUACAUUGCCGUGGACAUAAACGAUGCAGGUUACAUGACACUGAUUGACGACGCUGGAAAUACGCGCCAAGACCUGCGCGCGCAAGAUGACGACAUGCGCGAAAGCAUUGCGCAGAAGCUUGCAAAACAACAAGAUACGGAUGUUCUGGUAAUGCAGUAUUUUUAGACAAUAAAUGUUUCGUUGGACUUUUCCGGUAGAAGGUGACCGUUAUGAAGAUCAUGGACCAGGAAGUAAUCAUGGCCGCCAAGAUCGGUGUCAAGUAGACGCUUGAAGAGCGACGCCACGUGACCGGGCUAUCCAAGAUGGCUGCCGCAGACAAUACCGGGGUUUCUUUGAUAUAUUUGCAUAUGAAUGCACAAAUGGGUGCUCGGCCAAACACGCUUGAAUACAUCAUUGACAAUUGUAUUUCAUAAAAUAUUUUUAGUAGGAACAAGUCUAUGUCCCAUAAGGUUAAGGAUACAUCGCAUUCCUAUUUUCAGAGUCCUAACUACUAAAAAAAUCCUAAGUCAGUUUCAGAGACAACUGCAUUUCACUUACUGUUUUUGACAAUUUAAAUGUAAAAAUAUAUUAUUGUUUAUAUCUCAGAUAUUUUAAAUUCAACGAUUGUUAUGUUUAACAAUUAUUUUUACACUGUAUGCAAUAUGAAAAAGUAAGCUUCUGCUACCCCUUUUAACAGACUUAAGGUAAUUCCUGUAGGGCCAACAGUAAAAAUAGUCUGCGUUCGCCAUUGCCUUUCUACCCAAUAAAAAUUGACCCUACUAAACGUAUAACGUUUUAUAUUAAUGAACAAUUGUGUCAGGUUUAACUUAUUUUCAUUUAUCAGUUGGUUAAUAAAUUAACUGUAUAUACUGGA